AUGAGAGGGCAUUCUAGAUUCUCUGUGGAUGAUCUCAUCGCCUCUCCUGGCCAGCUUCGUGCUGACGACUCACCAGCAAAAUUGGGUGACCAAGGAAACCUCUCUGAACUGGUUAAUCUCAUCUUGACGGUAGCUGAUGGAGACAAAGAUGGCCAGGUCUCCUUGGGUGAAGCAAAGUCGGCAUGGGCACUCCUUCAGUUAAAUGAAUUUCUUCUCAUGGUAAAACUUCAAGAUAAAGAACAUACCCCAAAACUAAUGGGAUUCUGCAGUGACCUCUACAUGAUGGAAAGUGUUGAAUAUACUUCUCUCUAUGGAGUGAGCCUCCCAUGGGUCAUUGAACUUUUUAUUCCAUCUGGGUUCAGAAGAAGAAUGGAUCAGCUGUUCACACCGUCAUGGCCUAGAAAGGCUAAAAUAGCCAUAGAACUUCUAGAAUUUGUGGAAGAUGUCUUCCAUGGACCCUAUGGAAACUUUCUCACGUAUGAUACUAGUGCCAAAAACCUAGGAUAUAAUGAGAAGUAUGAUUUGAAAAUGGUGGAUAUGAGAAAAAUUGUGCCAGAGACAAACCUGAAAGAACUUAUCAAGGAUCGCCUUUGUGAGUCUGACCUGGACUGUGUCUAUGGCACAGAUUGUAGAACUAGUUGUGAUCAAAAUACAAUGAAGUGUACUUCAGAAGUAAUACAACCAAACUUGGCAAAAGCCUGUCAGUUACUCAAAGACUACCUAUUGCAUGGUGCUCCAAGUGAAAUUCGUGAAGAAUUAGAAAAGGAGCUUUAUUCUUGUAUUGCUCUCAAAGUUACAGCAAAUCAAAUGGAAAUGGAACACUUUUUAAUAUUAAAUAACCUAAAAACAUUAUUGUGGAAGAAAAUUUCCUAUACAAAUGACUCUUAAUUUGAAUAAGUACCAUCAUAGGAAACUUACCACUUCUGAAUAUCCAUUUUGAACAUUUAAAAGAAUGGCUUCUGAUCCUUUCUCUUGGGGCCUAAGAAGCCAUCAUCUUAAAUAGAGAGGAGUAUGGUAACGGAAGGCAGUACAGAUGAACAUCUCCACAAGAUUUCACUCCUUUUGUUUUUUUGAGAUGGGGUCUUGCUCUGUUGCCCAGGUGGUAUCAAACGCCUAGACUCCAGUGAUAUUCCGGCCUGAGCCUGUGUGCUGGGACUAUAGGCAAAUGCCACCAUGUGCCAAUUCCUGCUUUUAGAAGUCCUUACAUUUGCCAGUUCCAUUCACUGUGUAACUAUCUUGAAGAGUGACU